AUGUUGAAUACUAGACAAGAAGUGGAGCAUGAGAUCAGGUGGGAGAUGAAGUCAGAAAUCACUAAUGUUUGGCAUGAAAAAUGGACAGGUCUAGGAGCUUUAUAUCACGUAGUACCUCCAGAUUUUCAAAUUAAUGAGGAGAUGGAACAAGUUAAUGAAUUGAGGCAAGAAGAUGGAUGGGAUGAGGAGCUGAUAGACCAUACAUUUCCAGAAGAAAUUGUGGAUCACAUAAAACAACAGGUACUGUUUGAAGGCAGUGAUGGAUUCUGGGAUAGACCUUGGUGGAAACCUACUUCUUCAGGAAGAAUUACUGUGAGCAGUGCUUGGCAAUUGGUGAGGCAUAGGGAAAAUCAAAAUCCAAAAUUCAAGAACUUAUGGAUCAAGGGCUUACAAUUCAAGAUAUCAUUCUUCCUAUGGAGAUUAUGGAGGUUGAAACUGAUCACUGAUGACAUAUGGAAAAGGCAAGGCUACAUAUAUAUGUCCAGGUGUUGGUGUUGUCAAAACCCUCAGGAGGAAUCAUUUGAUCACCUGUUCUUGACAGGAACUACAGCUACUAGGGUUUGGAGAACAUUUCUAGGUGCAGCUGGAAUCACUGUUCCAUUGAUUCAAGUGAAAAAUAUAAUUAGGGCAUGGUGGAAUGCUGAUUAUAUAAUCACAUAUCUAGAGGCUUACAAGCCUAUUAUUGUGACCAAAAGAGUAGCAUGGCAAUUUCCAUACAAUGGUUGGUACAUGUGUAAUACAUGUGGGGCUUCAAGAGACAACCCUAGUCCUAGUGCUACAGGUUUUUGUGUGAGGGAUAGCGUAGGAGAUUUGGUGUAUGCUAGGGCACAACAACUGGAGGAAACUACUAAUAUAGUGGUUGAAGCUAAGGCAAUCAGAGAUGGACUGCAUUACUAUAUGGAGCAUGACCUACAUCCCCUUAUACUAGAAACUGAUUCACCUGGGAUAAAGAAGAUCAUAGAAGGAGAAUGGGAUCCUCCAUGGUGCAUUAUGGCAGAGGUUAAUAGGAUUAAGCAGAUGAAGGAGGAGUUCAAUGUGAUAUUCCAACAUGUUUAA